AUGGCAAACUGCAGACCAAGUGCGCUUCCAAUGGAGCAGCAUUGUAAGUUACAUAAUGAUGAAAGUGAAACCAAGGUUGAUGCUUCACGAUACAGAAGGUUGGUAGGGAAACUCCAAUACCUCACGGUAACAUGCCCAGACAUCGUCUAUGCGGUAAAUAUCCUAAACCAGUUCACAUCAGAACCCAAACACUCCCACGUGGUGGCUGUUGAAAGAGUGUUACGAUACCUAAAGUGCACUCCAGGUCAAGGCAUUUUGCUCAGAUCAGAAGGAAAUCUGGAACUUGAGGCAUAUUGCGACGCGGACUGGGGAGGCUGCCCUCUAACCCGACGAUCAAGUAGUGGAUAUUUCAUAUCACUUGGAGGCUCACCUAUGCCGUGGAGGACCAAAAAGCAGAACGUUGUGGCCAAAUCAUCAGCUGAGCCAGAGUAUAGGGCGAUGGCUUGCACAGUUAGUGAAGUUUUGUGGCUUCGUUGGUUGCUCAAAGAACUGCAGGAGCAGCAGAGCAAAGCGACGUCCCUCUAUUGUGAUAACCAGGCAGCGAUUCACAUAGCCACGAAUCCGGUCUUCCACGAGCGAACCAAGCACGCAGAGAUGGACUGCUAUUUUGUGAGAGAAAGAUAUCAGUCGGGAGAGAUAAUGCCACGCAACGUCUGGACAAGAGACCAACUGGCAUAUAUGCUGACGAAGGCGUUGGGGAAAGAGAGACUCAAAGCACUCAUGGGCAAACUGGGCAUUGCGAAUCUCCAUGCACCACUUUGA